GCGGCCAAGUCUCUGCAAGCCAAUUCGUGAUCAUACUCGGACUUUGAAAGACCAAACAAUGGCUGAUCGCCCACAUUUCAAAAGAGAGGAGGAAGAUGAAGAUGAUGCCGAGGAGGAGAUUGAUGAGACAGACUACAAGGCACAGAAAGAUGCCAUUCUGCUCGCCAUAGAUAUCAGCGCUUCAAUGCUGCAGCGCCCACCAACUUCGAGUUCUAAGAAGGCGGAUAAGGACAGCGCCGUCGAAGCAGCCUUGAAAUGCGCCUACCACCUCAUGCAGCAGCGCAUCAUCUCGAAUCCCCGAGACAUGAUGGGCAUUCUCUUCUUUGGCACUGAGAAAUCCAAGUUCCAGGAGGAAAGUGCUCGGUCUGGUCUAGGGUACCCGCACUGCUACUUGUUCACCGAUCUUGACAUUCCUGCAGCAGAGGAUAUCAAGGCGCUGAAGACGCUAGUUGGCGCCGAUGGGGAAGAGGGCGAAGACGAGCAUGAGGUCCUGGUACCGGCGAAGGACGAAGUACAGAUGGCCAACGUGUUCUUUUGCGCAAACCAGAUAUUUACAACUAAGGCGGCGAAUUUUGGCAGCAGACGCCUCUUCAUCAUCACAGACAACGACGACCCUCACGCCAAAAAUAAGGACGCCAAGUCUGCAGCAGCUGUUCGAGCGAAGGACCUCUAUGACCUUGGUGUGAUCAUUGAGUUGUUUCCCAUUACCAGGGACGAAAAGAAAUUUGACCUCGGCAAGUUCUACGACGACAUCGUCUAUCGAGACCAAACAGCAGAGGCCAACCUCUCAGAGGUACGGAGCUCAAAGUCAGGAGAUGGUCUUUCACUACUUAACUCUUUGAUAUCCAACAUUAACUCCAAAGAAACCCCGAAACGCGCCUUGUUCUCCAACCUCCCCUUCGAGAUUGCCCCCGGACUGAGGAUAUCGGUCAAAGGCUACAAUAUCAUCCACCGACAGACACCAGCCAGAACGUCUUACAUCUACUUGGACAGUGACAGGCCUCAGCUCGCUCAUGGAGAGACGACCCGCGUCGCCGAGGACAGUGCUCGGACGGUAGAGAAGACGGAGUUCAAGAAGGCUUACAAAUUUGGCGGCGAAUUCGUACAUUUCGCCCCAGAGGAGCAAAAGUCUCUCAAGGCUUUUGGUUCUCCCAUCAUCCGAAUCAUCGGCUUCAAGCCACGCUCCACACUCCCCUUUUGGGCCAGUGUCAAGAAGUCGACCUUCAUCUUCCCCUCUGAAGAGGACUAUGUCGGCUCGACCCGCGUCUUCAGCGCCUUGUGGCAGAAACUACUCAAGGACAAGAAGAUUGGCAUUGCUUGGGCCAUCACUCGCUCCAAUGCCAGCCCUAUUCUAGUCGCCGUCAUUCCUUCUCAUGAAAAGUCGGAAGAUGACUCAGGGACUCCGUACCUCCCCGCCGGUCUCUGGCUCUACCCACUGCCCUUCGCCGACGACCUCCGCGAGGGCCCCGAGCCUCCCAGCAGCCUCAACGUUAGCUCCAACGAGCUCACCGACCACAUGCGUGUCAUCGUCCAGCAGCUGCAGCUGCCAAAGGCCAUGUUCAAUCCGAAGAAGUACCCUAACCCGUCGCUGCAAUGGCAUUACAAGAUUCUUCAGGUUCUCGCCCUCGAGGAGGAGUACCCAGAGAAGGCGGAGGACCUCACGGAGCCGAAAUACAAAGCCAUCAGCAAGCGUGCAGGCGGCUAUUUGAAUGAUUGGGCCGAGGUUUUACAAGCCGAGACAAAGAACGCGCUAGCGAAGGCGGCCAUCAAACGCGAUGCGGACGGCGACAAUGACGAGAGGCCCGCCAAGAGGGUUAAAGCGGCGCCGAAUCCCGCAAAGGUUUCUGGCUCUAGUAUGACCACGGCUCAGCUCAAGGCAUCUAUUGAUAACGGCAAUUUGAGCAAGAUGCUGGUGGCGGAUCUAAAGGACAUCCUCGCUGCUAGGGCGCAGAGCACGACGGGGAAGAAGACUGAAUUAGUCGAGCGGAUUGAGCAAUGGGUUGAAGACAAUGCCUGAUGCCAUUAUGGAAUGAUUUGACUUUGCGACGACGAAACUGUAUUAUACCACUUGCAAACAGGCUCAUGAGAGGGACCCCAGAUGUUUAGGUUGCUGAAGCAAUGCACGCAUCUUGCUGCAUCGCGGGUCUGCCGUUGGUUCUUCCAGUCAACGUUCAUUCGCAUGGGUGCUUUUAAGAAACGGGAAUCAUGCAACAUUGCUGUCUCUCCAUUCCUCUCUACUUCUAACAACGGUACACCAUACAUCUGUUUCUUCGCGUUUACGAUGGCAACUCUACGGUCUUCUUUUCUGUCCUGUCUGGGUAUCGGUGACUCUCCAAUGAGUCUUAGCCUCCAAUGAUUACAAGAUGCUCUAGUGGACCAACCAUAGUGAUAACCAGCGAGCAAUUAAAAGUUUUCUCUUCCAAACUCCUGGUCCGAAACUCUUUUUCCAUUCAAAUGACC